AUGUGGAAUUACGCCAGAUUGUCAAACAUAGAUGCGGAAGAGCCUCUGGGAUUUUACGAAGAUGAAGAGUCAAGGGCCCAGCGAAAUGCAGAAGAAGACGCGCACGCUUGGGGGCAUUGUCCAAAUUGGUUUGUGGACAUGAUUCCAGAAUUAUCGCUUGAAGAGCGAUUGUUGGGAUGUGCCACCUGUAUGAUAUGUGGCUACGAACAGAUCUGCUGA